UAAAAUUAAAGCUGUGCAUGUCGUUGAGUUCAGUAAAUUUAAGGUUAUAUAUUGUAUUUUUGUGAAAAUGAAAAAUAUAAAUUAUUAUUUAAACAUCUUAUAGUUUUAAUCACAUUUUUGAGAAGCAUCUGUUGUACGGAUGCUUGCGUCGUUUAUGUAAUUAUGUGACAAUGAUAGAAAAUAAAUUUACGUCGAGAAAUAGGGUUAGAUUAUUUUGGAAUUCCUGCAACAUUGUGUUCUUUUUAAAUAACAAGAGAAAAUAACAAAUAAUCACGAAAAAUGAGCAAACUGUGGAAUUAUCUAAUAUUUCAAGGAUGGAUAUCGUAUUUGAUGGCAGCCGGUUUGUUAGUUUUUACAAGUGGUUUCCUACUGAAUCGUGUUUCUAGACCGGAACGUGCCGAAUGCAAAUAUUGUACAGAUUCUGACUGCAACAUUGAACAACUUCUUCAAGAUCCACAAGUUGCAGGGACUAUUUGUGUUGAGAGAAAAACACGCGUUGUUUUGCUAGUUGUUGAUGCUUUAAAAUAUGAUUUUGCAUAUUGGUACAAUGACAAUAGUUCUACCUCAUCGUACUAUCGCAAUAAAUUGCCAAUAAUACAUGAACUAUUGGAAAAUCAACCAAUGAAUUCACGUUUAUAUAAAUUCAUAGCAGACCCUCCGACAACAACCAUGCAAAGAUUAAAGGGUCUUACCACAGGAUCUCUACCUACAUUCAUAGAUAUUGGAUCUAAUUUUGCUUCUGAAAGUAUCGACGAAGAUAACAUUGUCGACCAGAAUACUGCCAAGGGUAUUAUUUUCAUGGGUGAUGAUACUUGGACUAAUUUAUUCCCUGGUAAAUUCAAACGCCAGUUUCCGUCGCCUUCUUUUAACGUUUGGGAUCUGGACACUGUUGAUAAAGAUGUUAGAUAUCGUAUAUUCUUUGAAAUGAAGAAGAAAGAUUGGUCUCUUCUUAUAGCACAUGUUCUUGGCGUUGAUCAUUGCGGACAUAAACAUGGAACUAAUCAUCCUGAGAUGGCUAGAAAAUUAAAUGAUACAAAUACUCUUAUAAAAGAGAUCAUUGAAUCUUUAGAAGAAGAUACAGUACUUUUUGUAGUUGGUGAUCAUGGAAUGACAGAGACAGGUGACCAUGGUGGAGAUAGCAUUAAUGAAAUAGAAGCUGCUAUGUUUGUUUAUUCUAUGAUUCCUCUGGUACAAUAUAAAGCAGCACACAGUACUGUUAACCAAGUUGAUCUUGUUCCUACAUUGGCAUCAGUUCUUGGAACUCCCAUACCUUUCUCUAACUUGGGAUCUGUCAUAAUUAAUUCAUUGCCAAGUUCAGCAAAAAAUAAAAGAUCAGAAGAUGAUCUAUGGUAUUCAUUGCAUUCAACGUGGAGAAAUAUUGUACAAACAAAAAAGUAUAUUGAUGUUUAUUCUAUGGACAGUUAUCUGUUUUCUAAUGAUCAGCUUCAAAGUUUAGAAAAUAUGUACAAUCGUCUGUUUGAACAGAUAAAGCAUGUAAAUACUGUUGAGGAAUUUGAAUCCUUUGUUAUGAAUAGCAGAAACUACUUCAAACUACUAAAGAAUACAUGUUCCGAAGUUUGGAUUCUUGAUUCCAGCUUAAUGUCAAAAGGCCUACUUCUAAUGUUUUGUGCUUUGUUUUUCUUUUACUUAUUUAUUACAGGCAUUCCGGAAAGCCGUAUGUCUAAGAUAUUUCAGUCAUCAUUUUUACAAUGUUCUAUAUUGAUAAAUUUAAUUACCGCACUAGGAAUCAUAUUCCUCUUUUUAUUUAAUGUAUUAGAGGAAUUGAAAACCACAUUAUUAUCUGCUACCGGUGCAGUGUCUGUAGUAUUACUGGUAUUCUUAAUUGCUAAAAAUUGGGAUGUAAUUUCAAUGAGUUGGUACGAUUACCGAAAGAUCAAGAAAUUGAUUUAUAUUAGCAGAGUAAUACUUCUUUUAACGGUAUGCAUCCUUUUUUCUAACAGCUACAUCGUCGAGGAAGAUAAUGUACUAUCUUUUUUACUUGUUACACUUUUCUGGCUUCUUGUAUUCAAUUUGAAAAAAGAAAAUACCAAUGAAGGUAUAGAAAGGAAAACAAAGCCAUUUUUUAAAUCGCAAACAAAGUCAAAUUUAAAAACAGUUGUAAUUGUUAUUGGUUUAAUAGCAUGCAUCUCUAUACGGCUAUCUUACUAUUUUUGGCGUUGCCGAGAGGAACAGCAAACCCGUGUAUGUUCUGUAUUUGUAAUUGGCAAAAUUGGUUCUAUAAUAUCGAAUAAUUUAGAACGCAUUUUACUUGCCAUUGCCUUAAUCGUACUGGCAUUGUAUAUUACAAUAAUAAGACUAUGGUUACAAAAUUGUGGAAAUCUUUCUGGUUUUUCUCCCAGUGUUCUGGUAGGACAGUACUGUCCCGUUGUAAUCGGUGUUUGUAUGGGUUGUUAUUGGGUUCUUCAACGACUUCCUAAAUUUAUCAAAAUAAAAUUUGCAUUGUCUUGGCAAAUAAGCACAUUGCCUAAUAUCGUGUAUGCGCUCUGCCUGUUUGCAAUCUUUAUUCUGUACUAUCGUCCACUGAGUAUAUUUCUAUUGCCAAAACGAAAAGAAUCAAUCAACGUGUACCAGGAUGAAAAUAUAGUCCCAAGAUUGUUUGAGAAGAUAAAGGAAUCAAUUUAUCGGAAAAAUAUAGACGUAGACGAAACACCAGUUAUUUAUGGCUUGGGAACUGCCUACAGUGCUACAUUUGUCUCGUUAAGCGUAUUUCUUAUGCUAUUGUAUUCUCUACUAUUAGGAGAUAUACUAUCACUCAGUACUUUUUUAAUGUUCAUAUCUUGCACCUCUGUUUUGGGCUUGUCUGCUAUAGAAAGAUACAAGAAUGCUAAUAGUAUAUCUGAACUGGUAGAAGUGCCCACUCCUACGUUAUUGUGCUGGUUCUUAAUAGCAGAAUAUUUCUUUUAUGGAACUGGACAUCAGUCAACUUUUCCUACUAUUCAUUGGGAUGCUGCGUUCAUAGGGACAGGUGGACAUUUUUAUGGAAACUUACUAUCAGCGAUCUUAAUAGGAAUAAAUACUUUCGGAUCGCAUAUUAUACUGGGUGCAACAUUACCAUUACUAGUGAUUGUACCGUUUACUUUUUAUCUUGUAUUUCCAAAACUAGCUAAGGUCAAGUUUGUUGAAGAUGACAUGAAGAGAGGAGAGUCUUUGUUCGAGCAAGAUUCUAUAUUUCAUGCUGCAAUUUUCUCGGUUGCAGGGAAAUACAUAUUGCUUUAUGGAAUUAGAACGUUCGGCAGUAUGCUUGCCGCAACGAUUCACUGUCGGCAUUUAAUGGUUUGGAAAAUCUUCGCGCCAAAAUUAAUAUUCGAGGGUUUGGGACUGUUAGUUACGUUGAGCAGUGUACUGGCGUCCUUUUACAUGGUGUUCAGAAUCGAUCAACAAAUGGAACAUCUUAUAUCUAGAGUGGCCAAAGGCAGAUGAUAGUAGUCCAGUUUGUAUGGUGUGCGAUACAAUCAGUACAGUAAAGUAUGAAAAUUUUGAAAAUAAGAAAACGUGCAAUGACUUGUUAUUCAUAAUAUUAGUAUUGAAAAUUUUUUAUUAAAAUAAAUAGACGUGUAACGUCAACACUUACCGGUACUGCCAGUUUCCAGCAUUUUAUAUAACUUUAUAAUAAGAGGCAGCUAAAUGUAAUUAAGUACAAAUAUUUCAACUUAAACUUUAACACGUAAGAGUGAAAAAUUUUUCCUUUGUGAUCAAGUCGUAUUGAUAACUUUUGUUGCUUCCUAACACACUAACGCUACCCUGCGUGCAAUGCAUUGCUGAUUAGUGAAACAAAGCAACGCACUUGAUGCAGGAUUGCGUCCAUGUGCGCUGAUGAUACCUUGACUGAUGUACACGUUAAUUUUACUGUUUGAAAUCUCUGAUAUUGUUACAUCGAAUGAACGUACGACGAUUCCGCCGUAUACGUUUCAUUUGCUGCAUUUAAUGAAAUUAUAUGUAUUAUUAUAAAUCUAAUAGAAAAUCUAAUAAAACGACGUAUAUCUUCUA